AUGAGCAGGAAAUAUUGGAACAGCGAAGAAUUGGCCCGUAUGGCAGCGGCGCUUCUCGAAAAACUGCUCCCGUAUGAGAGUGAGAACCGCGAUGGAGGCGACAGGAGAGCCAAACUGUGGGCGAGUAGGAGACCGAGGACGAGACAGAAGACGAGUCUGAGGACGAGACCGAGGACGAGACAGAAGACAAGUUUGAGGACGAGAGCCAAAGUGUUCAGUGUGGUCCUUUUUCUGCCCCUGAAGCGCACCGCCGCUCACAUGGACUCCAAGGACGAGUUCAUCCGAAGCCACUGCGUGUACCCGUGCGAGUGCGGCUCCGUGCCAGACUGCCCGCCCGGCGUGCCCGUCAUCAUGGACGGCUGCGGGUGCUGCUGGCAGUGCGCGCGACAGGAGGGCGAGUCGUGCAACGGGGCGACGCUGUGCGACGCCUCCCGCAGCCUCACCUGCCUCUACAACAGCACCGCCGACCCCACCGGCACUUGCCAAGAGGUGCGUCCAGCGAGAUGUUUCGUUAACAACAGAACCUUUGAUGACGGCGAAACCUUCACCCUCGACUGCCGUACCCAGUGCACUUGCAAGAACGGCACCUACGCCUGCGCUUCCCUGUGUCCGGGCGAGAGUCUGCCCCCAAGCGCCCAGUGCCACCACCCGCGUCUGGUCAAAGUGCCAGGCCAAUGCUGCAGAGAAUGGAUGUGCGACAGAGUGCCAGGUAAGCUCGUGGUGGCACCUGACUGUGGCCGAGUGUCAGGAAGGUGGUCGGCUUGCUCUCAGACGUGCGGUGCUGGCGUGUCCGUGCGCUGGUCUACAGAUAAGGUCAGCUGUCAGCCAGUAAACGAGACUCGCCUGUGUCAGCUGAGGCCGUGUCAGGACAAUCAGCAACUUUGGGACGGAGAAGAAAGCAGGAAAAGACAACAGUCUAGGAAGCAUCAUAUCAGGCGCGGCCACGUGUGCAAGGCGACCCAGCGGCGGCCUCGCGCACUCCGGCUGCAGUCCGGGGCAUGCGUGAGUGCGCGGCGCUACCGGCCCAAGGUGUGCGGCGCUUGCAAGAAUCGCUGUUGCACUGUCUUCACGGCAACGACCAUCGCGGUGCCCUUCUACUGCCCCGUCCCCAAGAACGAGACGUCUCCCGGCGCUCGUAGCCAUCGAACUACUUCGACGACAACGACGACGACGACGACGACGACCGCCACCCCCAGCGUGUACGACAUGAUGGACGAGGGGCAGCCCGUGCUGGACGUGGUGGUGAGCUACGACCCGCGAGGUCCGGCGCAGUACCGCGACGGGCACUAUUGGGGGGCCAGCUACAGCGGCGAGAGAUAUCGGAGUGGAAAAGAUGAUCGCCGGUCUGAGAACUACCGCAGGCUCAGCUAUCGCGUUGGGGAUUACACGGAUGAUAACUACCACGCAAACUACCUAGACGAGCGGGACGACGACCGCUCCGCCACGGGCAGCAGAGAUCCUCGCGAUUCCGAAGAAGACCAGCCGCUCCUCGCCGCCCAGCACGACCUCACGCUGGAGGACGAGGCGGAAGAGGACCUCGCGUGGGCGCGCGUGCUAAGAACCCCCCACGAGAAGGUGUCGAAGCAGGUGGAAUGGAUCAUAAGGUGCAAGUGCAGUCGCAGCUGCGAGGCGCCCCCGACCGCUCCCGUCGCCGAGGAGGACCACCGGACGGCCGCCCGGAGGAUCCCACGAGCGCACUCGGCUGACCCCCCGACGUAA